ACAAGGAUGGGGUGGGUGCCACUGGGUGUGGACAGAGAGCUAGUGAAACAAGACCAUGACAAGUCACCGGUCAGUCAGCUCAGCCCUGCCUGUGUUUCUCUUUUCUUAGCUCAGUGAGUACCCGAAGCUUCACAAGACUGCAUAUAUAAGGGGCCGACUGGAGCUGCAGCUGAAGGAGCUGACCAGCCAACCGACUCUACAUUCAUCUAGCCACCAUGGACAUUGCCAUCCACCAUCCCUGGAUCCGGCGUCCCUUCUUUUCUUUCCACUCCCCAAGCCGCCUCUUCGACCAGUUCUUCGGAGAACACCUGUUAGAGUCUGACCUCUUCUCAACUGCCACUUCCCUGAGCCCCUUCUACCUUCGACCACCCUCCUUUCUGCGAGCACCCAGCUGGAUUGACACUGGACUCUCAGAGAUGCGUUUGGAGAAGGACAGAUUCUCUGUGAACCUGGACGUGAAGCACUUCUCUCCAGAGGAACUCAAAGUCAAGGUUCUAGGAGACGUGAUUGAGGUGCAUGGCAAGCACGAAGAACGCCAGGACGAACAUGGCUUCAUCUCCAGGGAGUUCCACAGGAAGUACCGUAUCCCAGCCGAUGUGGAUCCUCUCACCAUUACUUCAUCCCUGUCAUCCGAUGGAGUCCUCACUGUGAAUGGACCAAGGAAACAGGCGUCUGGCCCUGAGCGCACCAUUCCCAUCACCCGUGAAGAGAAGCCUGCUGUCACCGCCGCCCCUAAGAAGUAGAUUCUCUUCCCUCGUUGUGUUUUUUAAAACAAGGAAGUUUCCCAUCAGUGAAUGAGGAUCUGUGACUAGUGCUGAAGCUUAUUAAUGCUAAGGGCUGGCCCAGAUCAUUAAGCUAAUAAAAAUGUCAUUCAGCAACA